AUGAUGCUCCAACUCAUAUUGAAACCUUUGCCUAUUCAUCCUGCUUGUCCUCUCUCAAUCCCCGCCCAGAAUUGGUUCCCACUACCCGUAUCCAUUCCUUUACAUCACUUGGCGACCACUUUCUGGGCUGUAUUUCAACGUCUUAUGACAGUUUGUGCUGUCGUAGUCACCAGUAUCGCCAUCACCGGUCGGCGACCAACGCUCGGUCAUGGCAUCGGCGCUUUCGACGACGACUACGACAAUAAUAGAGCGAACGUAUUGCCACUGUCGACAACCAUCUACGAGUCUCGCCGUUCAUUCGUCAAAUGCCGCCCUUCCAACUCGGCUUUUGGGAGAUCGAUGGAGCAUGACAGCAGGGGACAACAACACACCGACGAACCUACGGCCGCCGGCGACUGUUUCAACCUUGUCUACUUUGCUGAAAAACAACCACAUACUGCGGUUGAAUAA